AUGGACCGCUUCAGCGAGACUCGCAAGCUGCUCCGGUCAAAUCGACCCCCAACGGAGACUCAACUGGACCAAUAUCGCGCGUCAUUAGAAGAAACAAAGGAGGUCAUUAAAGGAGCAGAGCGAAGGCUAGAAGAGCUACGCGAACUGGAGCAAGACUAUCUUCGCCUGUUAUCACCUAUGCGGCGCCUCACCGACGACGUUCUCCAGGAGAUCUUUCGCUUGACACAACCGAUGGACCUGAACCAAUGUGGCGACCGGAAAAUGCUUUGGACUCUCACCGCAGUAUGCUGGCGCUGGAGGAACGUAGCAGAAUCGUCUGCGACCCUUUGGAACCGACUGUACGUCGCGGGUAAUGGCAACCCGAAUGACAGGAUGUGGUUCAAGGACCCUGCUCAUCGCAAGAAGCACCUUCGGUGGAUGAAUCUCUGCAUCAAGCGCUCGAAAAAGGCGCCCUUGUACCUCUACCUCGACCUAGGUGCCUCCUAUACCCCGAUGGACCACACCGUGCAAUCCGACUUGAAGGCAUUCUUCGAACCUAUCGCUCCUAGGUUAUACCACCUCACACUUAUCUCAGAAGACAUGGAUCCGAUUUUGUACUUCCCUCCAUUCACGGAUAGCACAUUCCAGGAGCUGCGCUCUAUUUUAAUCCUUCCUGUCGGCGUCAACCGCGAGUGGGCUGACCCAUUCCGUCCGGAUUCGACACCUUUCCUCCCCAACUGCUCCCAUCUUGAAGUAUUCGACAUCGCUUCGGUCGGCCCUCAAUUCCCCCUUCUCAAGAUCACCAGCGAGGAACUUCGUGUCAUCUCGGUGGAUUGCAGACGGGCAGGCUCCCCUAGCAUGGUUUUGCAGCAUUGGCUGGAUUUGCGUAGCGCGUCGUUCGAGAAGAUAGAAGCGGGACUUGGAAGGGAAGAUCCACCGCCUAUGACCAGGCUCACUGCCCCGCAUCUCGCUUCCUUGACGCUGGGGUUUUGUGAAGGUGUUGACCCAGCAACGGUCCUUCGUCCCUUCAAAGGGUUCCGACUCCCGUCUCUAACCUCCCGUUGUUUGAAAUCGGAAGGGAGACGUUUCAUGGAUGGUCCCGACUGGUGCUCUGACAAGGACUUUCGGUCUGUAUUGUCGCAGUUGGAAGAGCUGGAUAUGGGCCAAUGUCCAAUCAGCUUGGACGAGGCGAAGGCGAUCCUCCAAUCUUCCCCGCAUCUCCGAAAACUGUGUCUCGCCACAAUCCCGGAAUUUGACUUCAGGAGCCUCAUGUGGAUUCUCACCUUCACCGACAACUCUUCCAAGCUCGUUCCAGAGCUAGAAGAACUAUACACCCAUACCCGGUCCGAGACUGUGGUCGCAACCUACAUCCAGCGAAUGAUUAGGUCAAGGACUCUGGAACUCCCGAAACCCAGCGACCGACGUUUGCGAAAGGUGACCGUCGUCUUUCCGGACUAUUUUAUCGCCCAUCCAAAUGACGCAGUCGAGUGUCCCAUCGAUGAUUCUGUUGAGGUCGAACUCUCAUCAACACACUAUGGCGAAGGGCUGUAUCCCUGGAGGCCAACGAGGUGGAAUUCUUGGCGGAACAAAGUCGGGCCACGUCCUGAAGGUCUUGACGAGAAUGGUUUGCGCAGGGCAGCUAGGUCGCAACUAGGAAGGUCUGACGCAGGCAGCGUGCUCAUGAGGGUGUUUUCCCCUCGUCUGUACAGGUCAUAAAUCUACAAUAAAAAAUAUAAACAAG